AUGACAGUCCCAAUGCCCUGUCCGGGCGGUGUUCGAAUCGCGAUCGAUCGCGGGGGCACAUUUACCGAUGUCUGGGCAAGCCUCCCGGGAAGGCCAGACGUUGUUCUGAAGCUCCUCUCCGUCGACCCAGCCAACUACGCGGAUGCUCCGACUGAAGGCAUUCGACGCGUCCUCUCCCUCUACCGCGGCCAUGAGAUACCCCGCGGCGUCCCCGUCCCGAAAGACGACCUCGAGUCAAUUCGUAUGGGAACAACAGUUGCAACGAACGCACUCCUCGAGCGAAAAGGAACCAAACAUGCUUUCCUCGUUACAAAAGGCUUUCGCGACCUUUUAGAGAUCGGAUACCAGUCUCGGCCACGACUGUUUGACCUGAACAUCGUCAAACCGGAUGUGCUAUACUCUGAGGUGAGGGAGGUUGACGAGCGAGUCACAAUGGAAGGAUUCGACGAGGACACCGACGGGCUUUUUCAUUCGGUUGAGGAAAUACCGGGUGAGCUUGUCCGGGCGUCGAGCGGUGACAUGAUACGGAUCCUGAAGGCGCUGGAUGAGAUCGCUGUCCGGGCAAUGUUGAAAGAGCUUCGCGCGCAGGGAUUCGACACACUUGCUGUUUGCUUUACUCAUUCCCACGUCUUCCCGCACCAUGAGAGCCGGGUAGAACAACUUGCAUUCGAAGAGGGUUUUACGCACGUGUCUCUGUCCUCAGCCGUCGCUGCAAAAAUGAUCAAGAUGGUGCCGCGUGGAAGUUCGUCGUCGGCUGACGCAUAUCUCACACCCGAGAUCAAGACGUAUCUUAAUGGGUUUGCCAAGGGCUUUGAGGGCGGAAACCUAGACGGUGUGCGUUGCGACUUUAUGCAGUCCGAUGGCGGGCUCGUGAGCCAUGACCGGUUCAGCGGUCUGAGGGGCAUUCUCAGUGGGCCAGCGGGCGGAGUUGUAGGCUAUGCCCGCACUUCAUACGAUGCAGCAUCCGGCACUCCCGUGGUGGGAUUCGACAUGGGCGGAACAUCGACCGAUGUGUCGCGAUACGGUGGCACAUUCGAACACGUCUUUGAGAGCAAUACAGCCGGAGUCACAAUUCAAUGCCCUCAGUUAGACAUCAACACCGUCGCGGCGGGUGGCGGCUCGAUCCUAUUCUGGCGGAAUGGACUCUUCGUUGUCGGACCGGAAAGCGCUUCAUCACAUCCCGGUCCUGCAUGUUAUCGCAAGGGCGGUCCUCUGACUGUCACCGAUGCCAAUCUGUUCCUCGGGCGACUGAUUCCAGACUUGUUUCCAAAGAUCUUCGGCGAGACUGAGGACCAGCCGCUUGACGUGGACAUUGUGAAGAGAAAGUUUAUCGCCUUGACCGCGGAGAUUAACGAGGACACUGGCAAGACGCUCACCCCGGAAGAGGUUGCGUGCGGCUUCUUAAAUGUCGCCAACGAGGCAAUGUGCCGGCCCAUUCGCGCGCUGACAGAGGGAAAGGGAUACGAUAUUGCGAGCCAUAACCUUGCAGUCUUUGGAGGCGCAGGCGGCCAACAUGCAUGCGAUAUUGCCCGCACGUUGAAGAUUUCAACUAUUGUGAUUCAUAGGUUUUCUAGCAUCUUAUCUGCAUACGGAAUGGCCUUGGCGGAUAUCGUCGAAGAGACGCAAGAGCCGGUCAAUGAGACUUACAACAAGGCUUCUCGCCAGACGCUCGAGAAACGGCUCGCAAAGCUACGGACUCAAGUUCAACAAGAGCUGCUAAGCCAGGGCGCUGGAGAACAGGACAUCACAUACGAAAUGUACCUCAACAUGAGAUACCAAGGAACGGAAACUUCGAUCAUGGUUCUCCGACCGGACGAUGGCGACUUUGCAGCCGAAUUCCGCAAGACCCAUUUGCGGGAGUUUUCGUUCUGCUUCCCAGAUGACAAGCCAAUCUACGUCGACGAUGUUCGGGUCCGCGGUAUCGGAGCUAGCGAGAGGAAGGUCUGGGAAGGCGAACAACUUGGACAGCAACUCCGCGAAUCGACUUUCACGGCCCCAAAGACUGACCUUGCGAAGGGUAUGACAAGUCGGGUCUACUUCCCCAAGGUCGGGUAUCAGGACACCCCUGUGUACCUGGUGCAGGACUUGCCGGCUGGCGUCUCGAUCAACGGGCCGGCUAUCAUCGUCGAUCAGACGCAAACCCUUGUUGUGGCGCCGGGCACGCUGGCCAAAGUUCUGCAAUCGCAUAUGGUCAUUGAGGUUUUAUCGACGGCUUCGCCCAUAAUGGAGCAGCCGACCACCGUGGAUCAUAUUCAGCUUUCAGUGUUCGGGCACCGGUUCAUGAGCAUUGCUGAGCAGAUGGGACGUGCCCUGCAAAAGACGGCGGUCUCCUUGAAUAUCAAGGAGCGGCUUGACUUUUCAUGCGCCUUGUUUGGGCCACAAGGUGACCUUGUCGCCAAUGCUCCCCACGUCCCGGUUCACCUGGGCUCGAUGAGCUACGCCGUCAAGCAUCAGCACGAGCUCCACAAAGGCAAACUCGUCCCCGGUGACGUGCUGGUAGCCAACCACCCAGAAGCGGGCGGAACCCAUCUUCCAGACAUUACCGUCAUAACUCCCGUUUUUGACAAGACUGGAUCAACGGUCGCCUUUUACGUCGCCUCUCGAGGACACCAUACGGAUAUCGGCGGACUCGGCGGUACUUCCAUGCCUCCCAACUCGACUGAGCUCUGGCAGGAAGGUGCCGCUAUUAGAUCUUUCAAGCUAAUUCACGGCGGGGAUUUUGACGAAAAGGGUAUCACCGAUAUCCUCCUCAGCCCGGGUGAGUAUCCCGGCUGCACCGGGAGCAGACACAUCCAGGAUAACAUCUCCGAUCUCAAGGCUCAAGUGGCAGCCAAUCACAAGGGAAUGACAUUGGUACAAGCCCUCAUUGAAGAAUACACUCUUCCUACCGUACAGAUGUACAUGAGCGCCAUCCAAUCCAACGCCGAACUGGCUGUGCGAGGCUACCUCCAGGAAACACGGGCAAGAAUGGGAUCGGAACUCACAGCAGUCGAUCAGAUGGACAACGGCACGCUCAUCAAACUCUCGGUCUCCAUCUCGCCGGACGGCUCCGCAACUUUCGACUUCACCGGCACCGGCGUCGAGAUGCUCAGCAACAUCAACGCUCCGCCCGCAAUCACCCACUCGGCAAUUAUUUACACCCUGCGUCUACUCAUUGGCACGGACAUCCCGCUCAACCAAGGCUGUCUCGCCCCCAUCGAGACCAUACUCCCGAAAGGCAGUUUCCUAAACCCCUCGUCCGGUCCAGCCGUUUGCGCAGGAAACACGCAAACCUCCCAGCGCCUUGUCGACGUCAUCCUCCGCGCCUUCCAAGCCGCAGCUGCCUCCAACGGAUGCAUGAACUGCCUCGGUUUCUUCGGCGGGGAGAGCGAGAAGCGCGAUGGCUUCGCGUACGCCUUUGGCGAGACAAUCUGCGGCGGAUCUGGCGCUACUAAAGUUCAGAACGGCGCAUCUGCAACGCAUGUACACAUGACCAAUACCCGGAUCACGGACCCCGAAAGCUUGGAGAAGCGGUAUCCCGUCAUCCUGCGGGAGUUUGCAAUUCGGCCUGGCACGGGUGGCAAAGGUUUCCGAAAUGGUGGUGACGGUGUGGUGAGAGACAUUGAGUGUCGGGUGCCGCUAAGCUUCAGUGUUAUCACUGAGCGGCGCAGUGUUGCGCCGUAUGGCAUGGAGGGGGGUGAGCCGGGCGAACGAGGUGCGAAUUAUUGGGUACGGAGGGUCAAGGGGGAAGACGGGGAUAAGUGGCGGUGGGUCAAUAUGGGGAACAAGAACAUGGUGCGCAUGCAACCUGGGGAUCGAUGCGUUAUCCAUACGCCUGGUGGUGGAGGUUGGGGGGUGUCUGAGGCUGCCAAUGGAAGUGCGCGGGUGAAUGGCAACGGGAAUGGGGCUCGAAUCCGGCAGCAAUACCCCAGGGCUUCGGGCAGUGUGAAUGCAUAUGCCGCUGCUCAGGAUGCAUCAAACUAG